GUGUCAGGAUGUUGGAGGGCACGUCAGCCAUCCAUGUGGCCACCAUUCUGGAGGAUUGUGUGGACCAGCUCUCUGUCCUGGGACGUAUUAUGCCUGCCGCUUAUGAGGGCAGGUUUGAUGCUGUAGAGUUGGUUCAGAAUGAACUUAAUCAAUUGGUGAUGGGGCAGAAAGAGCUCGAACUUAAAUACCAGACAAUUCUUUCCAAAAAACUUGAUCUCCGAAACACCACCAAAAAUGCUGCAAAACUCAGCGAAGUGGAACAGGAAGUUAUGGAUGCUGGACGUGACCUUCGAAAUAGUACACAUGUUUUUGGACGAAGUUUACGCCAGAACCCACUUACAAGUGAUAACACAGCCAAGAUUCAGGCAGACAGAGGAUUUCUGGAGGGAGUAAUGAGCGAUACCCUAUCCGAACUUAUCCAGAACUGUAGCUUUCAGGCCCUGAUGGAAGCGGUACGUCUACAGAAGGAGCGUAAGGCUAGACUCCAGGAUACUAUUCUCAAAGAGGAAAAUGGCCGUAAGCGAGUGAAGCUGCUCAACAAACAACUUCAAGACAUUAAAAAGGAGAAGGAGGUGGAGUUACAACAGCGUAACAACAUGAUCGCCCACUACAAGGAUCAGCUUCAGGAGAUGAAGGCGAAAACAAACAUGGAGGGAAAGUACACAAAGAAGUCAGCCGAAGUCGCUGUGGCCCAGACUCAGAAACGCUGCCAACUGUCAGAGCGUGAGCUACAGACUGAGAUAGAGCAACUGAAGCACAAGAUUGAUGAAGAGAACCGUUGUAACAUUGAGAUAGAAUCAUACCUGAAGACCCACCAGGAGGAACUGGAGAAAAAGGUUGAUUACUGGUUAACAAAAUAUGAUAAAGAUGUGGAGGCCAAACAACAUGAGCUGGACGUCCUGAAGGCCAGCAAGGCCAAGGACCUUGACCGCCUUCAGGAGCUGACCAAGCAGUAUAAGGAGUAUGAACAGGUGGUAGUCGAGGACCGUAUAGAGAAGGAAAAGGCCCGCCGCAAGGCAGACCAGGAGGCUAUCGAACUCAAGGCUGCUAUCAGGGUCCAAGCUUGGUGGAGGGGUGUCAUGGUACGUAAAGGUUUUGGACCAUACAGUAAGAAGAAGAAAGGGAAGAAGGGAAAGAAAGGAAAGAAAGGCAAAAAGAAGAAGUAGACUAUCAACUAUCCCAGUCAGCCGGGCUUGGACACUGAUGUCCACAUGUUCGGUCAAGUGUGACUACAAAUCUAUGUGAACUAGGAAUAUCUGAAGAAAAUAUAUAUUUGACAUUGUAAAUGUAAACCACCUAAAGACAAAAAUAUGCUGAUGACAAUAAUACAGAUGUUUGGGUUACAAAAGUACUAAACUCAGAAACAAAAAAUAUACUGAUGAAAAAUAACACAGAUGUUUGGGCUACAAAAGUACAAAUUUAACUGUAUUUCCAACGAGUUAUCAGUAUCAUUGUUGGUUAAAAAAACAAAACAAAAAAAAACCAAUUAUGUAAAUAAAUCUCACCAGAGAAAAU